GUGAAACAUUUCCCUUGGAAGACACAACAAAAUACACAAUGGCCUCCAUGUUUGAUUAUGGCAAACUUGCCCACACGUUCACUGUAUACUGCCAAAUAAAGUGUUUUAUUGUCAUGAAAGGGAAGUAAUAUUUUAAGUAUUUGAUAUGUUUAAAUUAAAAAGUCACAACCUUAACUAAAAUGUGUUAUUUUUUUCACUUUAUUUUGGCUUUGUCAAAAUACAUUAUUUAGUUGCAGUUAAUCGGUCUUGCCUUUCCUCCCCUUUGAGAGUAUCUUGGGUGGGACUACGUUGCCCAGAACUCUAUUCGUGUCGCAGACUCAUGACGACUAGCAGAGAAGAUUCGUGGGCAUGUUUAACUUGGUGACGUGGCAGUGACGCGAAUGACCAGCUAUAUUUCCAUUCUAAGGAGGGAAUAGGAUACAGGUAAUGUUGAUGACAUGUCAUCAAAGUCAUGAUCAAACAGACGGGAGUGUCAGGCACCCAUUACACCGUGACAGCAAACUGAAAACGCAGUUACCAGUUGUGCAGUAAUCUCAUGAGUUGAUCUGUACCCUUACCUGAUUGUCUCAGACUCCUAACCAAGCCCCAAAGUUUUAUGAGAAUACCGUCAGCUACCUACUCCAGCUUGCUCCUGUUUGUGUAAAGGGUCUUUUCAUAUGCAAAAGAAGGGGGGAGGUCUUAUUUCCCACUUGCAGUGGGCUUUCCAGCUGCCUUUUCAACAGAGCUAAACUGAGAGCUUCUAAGUAAACGUGCAUGGAAAAUAAUCACCAUGUUCAGCAGCAGGACUGGGACUGUUGAAGAGUCGUUAUUUUGCUGUAAUGUGUCAGUAGCACAGGGCUAAUAAUGAAGACAGCCUUCAAGUACAGCUUUUUGUGGGUAUUAUCUUUGCAGCUAUUUAUUCAUCUUAAAGCAGCAGAACAUGAUGGCGUAGCUAAGCAUGCCAUAAAGUUACAUAGGGGUAAAGGCGCUACACCAAACCAGCGAAAGGAAUGGCUCCUUAACAACUGCCGAAAGCUCUCUGCGCUCCUUCACCAGAAACAUGUGGUGCUCAAUAAGCUGAAAAAUGCAAUCAAAGCAGUGGAAAGGGACCCAAUGCUGUCACCUGAAGAGAAAUUGUUUCAGGUCCACACAUUUGAGAUUUUUCAGAAGGAGCUGAAUGAGAGUGAAAAUUCUGUAUUUCAAGCCGUCCAUGGGCUCCGUAGGGCUCUGCAAGGAGAUUAUAAAGAUGUUGUCAACAUGAAAGAAAGCAGCAGGCAGCGCCUGGAAGCACUGAGAGAAGCUGCAAUUAAGGAAGAAAAAGAGUUUGUUGAACUUAUGGCAGCUGAAAAACAUCAAGUUGAAGCUUUGAAAAACAUGCAACAUCAAAACAAAAGUCUCUCCAUUCUUGAUGAGAUUCUUGAAGAUGUGCGAAAGGCUGCUGACCGCUUGGAGGAAGAGAUUGAAGAUCAUGCAUUUGAUGAUAACAAAGCUGUAAGAGGUGUGAAUGUAGAGGCAGUUUUGAGAGUGGAAGAGGAUGAAGUCAAGAGAAAUACUUCUCAACGACAAGUGGAAGAUGACCUUGGGCUCAGUAUGCUUAUUGAUUCCCAGAAUAAUCAAUACAUACUCACCAAGCCCAGAGAUUCGACUAUGCCUCGUGCUGAUCCUCACUUUAUAAAGGAUAUAGUAACCAUUGUGAUGCUGUCUCUGCCCUGUGGAUGGGUGUGCGCAAUGAUUGGCUUGCCAACAAUGUUUGGAUAUAUUAUAUGCGGUGUUCUGCUUGGACCCUCUGGAUUAAAUAGCAUCAAGUCUAUUGUCCAAGUGGAGACCCUUGGCGAGUUUGGUGUGUUUUUUACUCUAUUUCUUGUUGGUUUGGAGUUUUCUCCUGAAAGGAUUAGAAAGGUAUGGAAGAUAGCUGUACAAGGACCCUGCUUCAUGACUAUUCUAAUGAUUGCAUUCGGUUUGCUGUGGGGACAUUUUCUGAAAAUCAGACCCGCACAAAGUGUUUUUAUUUCAACUUGUUUGUCUUUGUCAAGCACUCCGUUAGUAUCCAGAUUCCUCGCUGGUGGGUCUCGUGGGGAUAAGGAUGGGGAUAUUGAUCACAGCAGCGUACUAAUGGGCAUGCUGGUUAUGCAGGACGUACAACUCAGUUUGUUUAUUGCUGUUAUGCCCACACUUAUUCAAGCUGGGGAAAGCACUUAUUCCAGUGUUGUCCUGGAAACAUUUAGGAUAUUUACACUGAUUGGACAAAUCCUGUUUUCCUUGGCUGCUACUUUUCUUAUAUGUCUUAUUUUAAAAACGUAUCUUAUUGGACCAUAUUACCGCAAGCUGCACACUGAGAGCAAGGGGAAUAAAGAAAUCCUUGUUAUGGGAAUUUCAGCCUUUAUAUUUCUUAUGCUAACGCUCACAGAACUAUUGGAUGUUUCAAUGGAACUAGGAUGCUUUUUAGCUGGAGCCUUGAUCUCUUCACAAGGGCACAUGGUCACAGAAGAAAUUAUGUCCUCUAUAGAACCCAUACGAGAUUUCCUAGCUAUCAUUUUCUUUGCAUCUAUAGGACUUCAUGUAUUUCCUACUUUUGUAAUUUAUGAGAUAACAAUCCUCUUGUUCCUGACAUUGUCGUUGGUAAUUAUGAAGUUUUUUCUAGCUGUGCUUGUACUCUCUUUGAUUCUACCAAAAAACAGCCAAUACAUCAAAUGGAUUGUGUCUGCAGGAUUGGCACAAGUCAGUGAGUUCUCGUUUGUUCUAGGCAGUAGAGCACGUAGAGCUGGAAUCAUUUCUCGAGAAGUCUACCUCCUUAUCUUGAGUGUGACAACCUUAAGCCUUCUCCUAGCCCCUGCACUUUGGAGAGUAGCUAUCACCAAAUGUGUCCCAAGACCAGAGAAGAGAUUAAACACUUGAAAGUCAUAAUUGAUGUCACUGCUGUAAUUAUUUCUACACAUUGUUUCUGCAAUGUACUACAAGUCCCACAUAUUUGUCUAAAUCACUAAGAUCUUUUAUUUAAAGCAUCUGCUACACAACAAUGAUUUGCAAAUGAACUGCAGAACAGGUCUAGCUGUUAAACACUACCAGAAGGGGGUUGUGAUUGAUCAGUCAUGUAAAAUUUGUCAUUUACUGAGGAAAAUAUUACAUCCUGGAUAUAGUCUUCAAUACCUCUCCUCAAUGUGCCUUUUCAAUUAACUUACUUUGCAAUUAUUUACUGUAAAAGUAAUAUUUAAAUAUAUUUUUUACUACAUGUUUAUGUAGCUAUCGUUAUUUAAUAGAUAGCCCCCAGAGGUUUACUUCAGAUCAUAACUACCAAUAUUCUUUAUGCAAGCCUCAUCCAUUCAUUAUGUAGUAUAGUUACAAUUAGCUCUGCAACAAUUCUAAAUUCUAAUUAUGUAAAUGUAAAAUUGGAAGGAGCGGUUUAGAUAUUUUAUACAAAAGUAUUUUGUAAGCUU